AUGGCUCCAAACGUCGCCUCCACCACCGUGACUCCAACUGUUGAAAGGUAACUUUUAUUAUUAUUUUUUAGAAAAUUAUUAUUAUCUUUAGGCAUGGGGAAAAGCCCGGCCCGUUUGCAGGUAAGACAAAAUUCGGGUCCGGGCAAGCUUAACACUCAGGCCUCAAAAGUAGGCAUAAAAAGAUCCCCAUGUCUAAUUAUCUUGCCAGAUUGAGUUAACAUUUAGUGUUAAAAUACUAAAAUCUCAGUAAAAUAAGUGCUUGUUUAUUAUGAUCUAAAGUUUCCUUCUAAUUGUAAGCUGUUUUGGCUUUUAUACCGAUUUUGGAUUAUUUCAGAAUGGACAUGGGCUAUUUGAAUGUGAUUCGCGUUUUGGAAGAGGCCUCAAUUUCAGACGUGUCUUUGAUGUCUAAUGCUGGAUUUAGCCCUGAAUAUGAAAGAGUCAAUUGGCUUCAACCAGCUGAAUAUGAUACUAUGGCUGAGUCGGCGUCUAGUGAAGAAAGUGAAGUUGAAGAAGAAGACAGUGAAGUCGAAGAAGACGCGCUAGGCGCUCCGGCACGGUCAACACCAAAAGACGUAGAAUACGAGUUGGACGAUGCAAUCAGCAAAAUCUGGAGUGAUGCUCCAACGCCAACUUCAAGUGAAGAGAAUGAAAGAGAGUCGGUGUUGUGCAUGGACAAAAGGUGGCAGUGGAACGGUGACAAAGCUUUCAAAGACUUGUAUAAGGUAGCUCAGAAUCUGUCGGAUGUAACUGAAAAGGACUUGGAACAAGUUGCAGAAGAAAAAUACUUAAAGCAAGUUAAAAUCAACGACAACAAAGCCGCGCCAGUUACCCAAACUAAACCUCGUCCAAUCAGUCCUCGACCUUUUCAAACAGUACAGCCGAAAGUCCGACCAAGCCAGCCCAACGUUCUACCUACUCAUCCACCCCCAGUCUACUUAACAACUGUUCGUACACAACAAUUUGUUCAGCCUCACCCAAGUCUAGCACCAUCAUAUCAAUCCUACCCAACAGAGCCGCUUUACGGCCAGCCACCACAGCAUAUUAUUGGGUAUCAACCAGUGGUCGUAUCUCAAGAAGUCCAGUCUUUACCUGUCAAUCAACCAUUGCUAUCUCAACCUAGCUAUUAUCAGCCGGUCCAGCAACAAUAUCAAGUCAUUCCAAGCCAGCCCGCGCCAGUCUAUCAUCAAAUAAACCCUAGUUAUCAUGCUCCAGUCCAACCCGUUUACCAGCCAGUAGCUUCAACGGUGUAUCAACCACAUGUCCAGCCAGUGUAUCAACUACCUAACCAACCCAUUUAUCAGCCAGUACCUCAGACCGUGUACCAACCACCUACCCAGACUAGUUAUCAGGCAGCAGCCCAGAAUAUUGAUCAGCCAGUCCCACAGAUGGGGUACCAGCCAGCAACUCAAACGGUAUAUCAACCAUCUACUCAGACUAUUUAUCAGCCUGCACCUCAGACAGUAUAUCAGCCAACAGUGGUCUAUCAGCCACCUUCACAGCCCGUUUACCAACCAGCAUAUCAACCACCAGUCCAGACUACAUACCUACAGCCCGCUCAACCAGUCUAUCAAACUUCAUAUCAGCCUUCGAGUCAGCCAAUAUACCAACCACCAGCACGGCCUGUCUACGGACAACCGCCGCCCAUCAUUACUCAAGCAUCACACCCAGGCUUUCAAAAUGAAUUGUAUGAAUAUUAUUAA